GUGGGCAGGGGGCUCUCCCUCCCGCAUGGAGCCCUGAAAUGGCCUGUUGCUCGGUGUGUGGACUGGACCUGCGAGGAAUCCUCCUCCUUUCGUUGGAGAAAGGCUUAUGCUGUAUACUAGAACAUUGGUUUUGUGCUCAGCGUUUUCCAAAUUCUCGUCGUAAUAGAGUCGCAAGGAGACUGUGAAUAAGUACAGAUUUCCCAGGUUCACGCUCAGACGCGGUGAACUAGUAGGUGGAGGCCCAGGAAUGUGUAUUUUAAACCGACGCCUUUCUCCCAGUGAUUCUAACCCGGGCGGCUUAGGGGCCACACCUGGAGAGCCAGUUUAUGUUAUCUGAUGGGGUUUUUCUAGCAGUUCAGUAGGAGAGGUAUUGUUACGCUCCGUUUUAUGGAUGAAGUCAUGAGGUCGCGAGAAAUUAUACCACAACCAGCCAGGAGUCAAACCCAAAUUUUGUUUUUUCUGAUUAAGCUCUGAUGGUGCAAGAGGGUGUGUGCUGAAGAUUUGGAAGGAAGCAUGGGACGUGUAGGGCUUACAAGCGUCUUAAGUAUUUCUGGACACCUUAAUUGCAAGGAGGUGUGUGUGAGGAAUGCUGCAGACGCUUCAGCCCAUUGGUGGGAGGGGUGGGAUGACUCAGGCCCCGACAGAGAAGGACCCUCCGGGCUCCGAGUCCAGUGGACGCUGCCAUCUGGCUCUGUCCUCACUGCUUCUGGGCAGUUGUUGUUCUUGAUCAGAGUGUUCUGCUGGCAGGAUCGAAAACAGUUCCUGUUGUUGUUUCGUGGAAACGUUUAGCUUCUUCUGGGGCCUUUGGGAAGUAUCUUCUUGACGCUUAGUUUUUUCUACCACGGCCUCUGCUCUGCGUUCUGUGUCGUUGCGUUUCUGUGAUGGAACGUUUGGUGCCAACUUGGCUGUUUUUCUUCUUCGCUGCCCAUGUAUACCGAAGGUGCUCAGGGGUUUCAGUGUGGGACCUUUGCCUCACUGCUUUGGGAUACCCCUGCCAGUUCGUGAUGGUUGACACACUCAGUACUCUGGGCUCGCCCCCACUAGCACCUCUUAAAGCAGCAUGUCGUCCAGGCCUCUCACCUCCAUUCUUCCUGCCUCGUGGCUACCAGACCCUGAGCUGUAAAACCUUCAGGUGGGUCUCCAGCUUUUCUUGCCCCUGUGUGCAGACUUGUGCAACGAAUGUAAGUCCCCCCUGUGUCUGGACACCGUCUGCUGUGAGCUGUGUCUCUGCUUGGUUUUACUGCAAGGACUUCCUUAUUUGGAGACUUUUCCUCGGUGGGAUGAUUUUGAUCACAUCACUCUCUCGAAGGAAUGCUGGGCACCAGGUAUUGUGCUAAGUGCCAUUCACUCCUCACAGCGAACCUGGAUUUUGUGGGUUUGGCAUGGGACAGGAAGUAACGGGCUUGGGGGUCACACGGCUCCCAGCCGGGGACGUGCACUCCAUGGCCGGAGGUCUUCACUCCACAGAGGGGCUGCCAGAGAGUCUCGUGAGCCGAGCCGUUGUCACCUGUGACUCUUCCAUUCUGGCCCAUUUCUCUGUUGGGCCCAUGAGUGUCCUUUUCCCUCUCAGCCUUUGUACAAGUCACCUCCUCUUCCUCCUUGGCCGACUGCUUGCCUUCCAGAGUGCCCUGGACGGGAUGCCAGGAUGAGCCAGCACGCCCGAGGCCGUGUUGCAUGCCGUAGCCCGCAUUCACCGCAGACGUGUGUCACCCCACAGCGUGUGGCCUGCGCAGCGGCGGUGUCUGGUUGUGCACACGCUGGCUUCUGCUGCUCCCCGUGUCCCAAACUGUGCUCUGACCGCAGCGUUAUCUUGACUAAAGCCUGUAGAAAAUCCCCACAAGGGUGGAACGUUCAGGAAUUCAUGACCUUCACAAGUCAGCUGAUUGUGGAGCGCUCCGCGAAAGGCAGCAGAGCUUCCGUCAAAGAACAAGAAUAUCUGUGCCACGUCUACGUGCGAAAUGACAGUCUCGCGGGAGUGGUCAUUGCUGACAGCGAGUACCCAUCCCGGGUAGCCUUUACCUUGUUGGAGAAGGUACUAGACGAAUUCUCCAAGCACGUGGACAGGAUAGAGUGGCCAGUCGGAUCCCCUGCUAGCAUCAACUACACGGCCCUAGCUGGCCACCUGAGUCGGUACCAGAACCCCCGAGAAGCUGACCCCAUGACUAAAGUGCAGGCUGAGCUGGAUGAGACCAAAAUCAUUCUGCACAACACCAUGGAGUCCCUGCUGGAGCGAGGGGAAAGGCUAGACGACCUGGUGUCCAAGUCUGAAGUGCUGGGAACACAGUCCAAAGCCUUCUAUAAGACAGCCCGGAAACAGAACUCGUGCUGCACCAUCAUGUGAUGGCAGCCCGCGGAGGCCCCUGUGCCGAGAUGGCCCGGACAUCGGCAUCAGACCCGCAGCCCCUGGAGAAGCAGAGCCGCCAUGGAGAGACCCACGUGGGGACAUAUUUUCACUUGGGAGCUCCUGGCAGGAACUGAGGGGUCGUGGAAGGGCCCGGGGCUGGGGAGCAUUCAAACUUACGUGUCCGGUGAUUUUUGAAAAGCUCGUUUGAGGCCCCCAAAGGUGUAUUCUUGGGCCAGAUGAAACCAUAAACUCUGAGUGACUCACA